AUGGAGAAGGACAAAUUGGAUUAUGAAGAUAGGUCUAGAGACACAGAUGUGACCCUGUCUGAUGACCGACUGUCUUUGAACAUGGUCAGCGAGCUUCACUGUGUCAGCGUGAAAAGGGCCGUUCAGGUCCUGAGGAAUAGCAUCGCUCCAUCAGCGAUUCAGCAGUGGACCAACCGUCAAGUGAUGAAGUGGCUACACUCCAUGGACUUGGCGGAAUAUGCCCCCCAAUCUCAGAGACGGUGGUGUCCAUGUGACUUGGAUAUGCCAUUUGCCAAGUGGACCAAGGAGCAAGUGUGCAGUUGGCUCGUGGAACAGGGCUUGGGCUUCUACCUGGAUUCUGGCAAGCACUGGAUAACAUCUGGCCAAAUAUUUUUGCAAGCUUCUCAACGAGAUCUAGAGAAAGAUGAACUGGCAUCUUUAAAAGAACAACUGGAAGAAAAAGAAUCUGAAGUAAAAAGGCUACAAGAAAAAUUUGUUUGCAAGAUGAAAAGAGAAGGGAUUGAAAUUCUCGAUAGAACUGAAACAGAAAAGGAGACAUCGGAGCACCUAGAUCUGGCUACAUCUUCUCAGCCGAAAGGUUCACAGGGGAAUAGUGCCUUUCUGGGAUCUCUGCCAUCUCUGGAUUCCAAAAGGAAAUCCAGAGGUUUCAUGAAACUCUUUGGAAAACAUAAGUUUUAUACCUAUUAUUUUUCCAUCCUAGCACUGGUAGAAUUUGUUCUUGGAAAUUUUACCAGUGGCUUAAUAGCACUGGUAAACUUCAUUGACUGGAUCAAGAGGAAGAAUUUCUCCACAGCUUAUCAAAUUCUCGGGGCUCUGGCAGUCACCAGAAUUGGUUUACUCUAGGUAACAUUAAAUUGGCAUUGAAAUGUGUGUAAUCCAGAUUUAUAUAAUGUAGAAGCAAGAAUUAUUGCUCAUAUCGCCUGGGCAGUAACCAACCAUUUUAGCAUCUGGCUUGCUACUAGCCUCAGUAUAUUUUAUUUGCUCAAGAUUGCCAAUUUCUCCAGCCCAAUUUUUGUUUACCUAAAGAGGAAAGUUAAGAGUGCAGUUUUGGUGAUACUGCUGGGGACUUUGGUCUUUUUGGUUUGUCGCCUUGCAGUGGUAAACAUGGAUGAGAGUACGGGGACAAAAGAAUAUGAAAGAAACACGACUUGGAAGAUCAAAUUGGGGAGCACUGUACACCUUUCAGAUAGGACUGUAUUUACGCUAGCAAACUUCAUAUGCUUUACUAUGUCCCUGAUAUCUUUAUUGCUAUUAAUCUUUUUUCUGUAUAAACAUCUCAAGAAGAUACGGCUUUAUGGCAGAAUAUCUCAAGAUUCCAACAGAAAGGUCCACAUAAAAGCUUUGCAAACUGUGAUCUCCUUUUUCAUGUUAUUUGCCAUUUACUUUCUGUCUAUAAUCACAUUGGUUUGGACUUCUAAUAGGCUGCAGAACAAACCUGUCCUCUUGUUUUUCUAAGCUAUGGGAAUCAUCUAUUCUUCAAGCCAUUCAUUCAUCCAAAUUUUAGGAAACAAGAAGUUAAAACAGACCUUUCUUUUGGUUUUGUGACAGGUGAGUUGCUGGGUGAAAAGACAGAAACCCUCAAAGCUUUAG